CCGCAAAGUGCAGACCCCUGGUUAGGGUUUUUCUGUCCUCUCCCUGUCGCACUUUUCAAUCUCCAACGUUGAGGUGUAAUCGUUUCAAACAAAUGGUGUUAUCAAAUAAGAAGCUAAAGCAGAAGCUGCGGACGGCAACGGAAGAUACUUUAAUCGGAAGUGAAUGCAACGAUGAAUUGAACCCAGACACGAAUUCGCAGCUCAAAGAGUUGUUACACACAGCGCAAAGGAAACCCAGAUUGUCAAAGCGAGAGAAACGAAGAAAAAAUGUUUCUUUGAACGUUUUAGAUAGCAUCCGAAAGGGAAGCAAUGGACUUGUCAGUGAGGAGAACAAGAAUAAGCGAAAAGCUGAAGAUAAGAAGGAAGAUGGGGUAGUCGGUUUGGUUGCUGAUGAAGAAAACGGUGAAAAAAAAGGGAAAAAGAAAAAGAGGAAGAGAGAUGAACGGGGAGAGAGUGGAGGUGUGGGUAGUGAAGAGAAGGAAGGAACAGUGAAGGAGGCGAUUAGGGCGACAAGCACAAAGAAGAAGAAAAAGAAGAAAAAGACGAAAAAGCAGGAGAAGAAGGGAAAAGAAGAGGGAGAGAAGCUCGAAAGUACAGAGGAAGGAACGACAGAGGCUAAUAAAAGUGAUGGCAGUCAAGUGGAUGUGGAUGACUCUACAAAAGUAUAUGUUGGUGGCAUUCCUUAUUAUUCGACUGAGGAUGAUAUUCGAAGUUUCUUUGAAGGAUGUGGGACUAUCACUGAAGUUGAUUGUAUGAAGUUUCCAGAGACUGGGAAGUUUAGAGGGAUCGCUAUCCUUAGUUUCAAGACUGAAGCUGCAGCUAAAAGAGCCUUGGCCCUUGAUGGAGCUGACAUGGGGGGAUUCUAUCUGAAAAUUCAACCAUACAAAACAACUCGAGCUAAUAAAGCAUCUGAUUUUGCCCCAGAAAGAGUUGAGGGUUACAAUAGGAUUUAUCUUGGUAAUUUGUCAUGGGAUAUAACUGAAGAUGAUGUGAGGAAGUUUUUCUCAGAUUGCAAGAUAUCAUCUAUACGUUUUGGUAUGGACAAGGACACUGGCGAAUUCCGAGGCUAUGCCCAUGUUGAUUUCUCUGAUAGUCUUUCACUGUCAAUGGCUCUGAAGUUGGAUCAGGAGUUUGUUUGUGGAAGACCUGUCAAGAUAAGUUAUGCGGUUCCUCUGAAAAGAGCAAAUAACCAUCCAAAAUCUGUGCCUGCAAGUAACACUGCUGAUAAAUCUGUGCCUGCAAGUAACAAUACUGAUAAAUCUGUGCCUGCAAGUAACAAUACUGAUAAAUCUGUGCCUGCAAGUAACACUACUGAUGAUGAGGAAUUGAAGUCCACCAGUACUGGCAAGAUGAGGAGGAGGACGUGCUAUGAAUGUGGUGAAAAGGGCCAUAUUUCUACGGACUGCCCGAAUCCGAAGAAGUUAACUGCUGAUCAAACAAAUCCCACCACUAGUUAGACAUGUACGAUAUCAUCAUUGUCUUUCUUUCCAACUGAUCACAUUUUUAGUGAAGCAUAGAUCUUCUGAUUGUUGAAGAGAACUUUAUUGCUAUUUAUAUUUGUUAGGGGAGCCAUGAAGGGUGCUGAUAGUCUGAUACUGUUCUGCAAAUGAUAUUGUCUCUUGUAGCAGGGGUGCUGGAUUUUAUUGUC